UCAGGAUCGAGGAGCCAUUGAAGCUCGUCAUGCAAAGGAAGCUGCUGGAAGAAACUCUGCAAGUCGAAAUGUUGAAGCAUGUGGUGAGGGUGGACGACCUCGCACUUAAAAUGUUCCGCAACCAUGCGGUGCCAGCAAUAUAUAUUUUAUUCAGGAAUUCGUCGAGAGUAUCGACACGCACACUCGGUAUUAGGACUUGUGCAGAGUCCUGCAAUGUUGACUAAGCAGAGUCGCGUGACCGCUCUGCGCGUCGUGGCCACGCGCACUCAAGUACUACAUAUUGACACAUCUAGUAUUAUAGGCCGACAACGCAAGAGCGCGGCGAUCGAAGGAUAUGAAGAAUGGGGCGAACAAUGUGCCAUGCGCGAGAUACUGCGGUUACGAGCGAUGGUGACCAGGGCGAGGGCAACAGUAGCAUCGACCAGAGCAACGACGACGACGACGACGACGCUACUUAGCGCAGAUCAACAGCUGUACAAGAUAGGAAGCGCCAUGCUAUGGAAGUGGGGCGCGAGGAGCACGGGUACUGAGCUCGACAGCUCAGAGGUUCAUUUCGACUUCGAGACGCUUUACUUACAUCUACGUUAUUCUAGUGAAAAUGGCUAUAUACGACGAAGACCAUAUGACAUCCAUACGAUCGCGAUACUAGGAACGACGACGACGAUUACACUGAGCGCGGAUCAACGCCCAUGCAAGAGUGGAAGUGCCGUUUGAUGGAGACGAGGUGCGAGGAGUGCAGAUGGAGAGCCCGACGGCUCACAGGUUCGUUUUGAUUUCGAAACGUUUUACUUACAUCUACGCUAUUCUAGGGAGAACAAGUGUAUGCGACGAAGAGCAACCCACAUCCGGGCAUUCGCAAUUCAAGGGCCUACGACGAACUACAAGCGAGCGAUGGCGACAACACCGAGAGCGACAACGGCGAUGACUACAGCAACUGCGACAACGACAAUGGUGCUCGACACAGAUCAAAGGCAGCGCGAUGCUAGGUCAGCCGUUCUAUGGAGAUGGAGCGCCACAAGCGCAGAUACUGAGCUCGACG